AACCAUUCUACUCCAUCACUCUACCCCGUCACUUACUUCACGAUGGAAGACGAUGAAGAUAAUAAGAUAAUUAUUAAGGAUAUACAGUUUGGCUUCCGACGUUUUCGAGCACCUGCAAAACGAAUCUACGGGAAUCGAAAUGUCUUUCUCUUAGAUGUCCCGCCGAAUCCAAUUGCUAGCUGGCUAUCAUUUUGGAUACCACAGCUCGUCCGCUCCUGGCUACAGCGAUUGCUACCAGAGUGGUUCUUGCCGACAACUGUCAUUCUAAAGGAGCGAAACCCGAACAAGGCUGAUAGCUACGAAAACGAAAUCGCCACAUACCUGCAUCUUCGAUCCCUCCAGGGCACCUACAUCCCGCGUUUGUUUGGUGAAGUAGCCGUCAGCGACCCCCACGCGCAGAGAUACCAGAUCAGCAAGCGACCCACUCCUGCCAUCCUCCUGGAAAACGUCGAAGGAGUAUCGCUACACAAUCUCCCAACUGAAGAGCUAGGGAAUGAUCAGCUUCUCAAGGAACUCCAGUGCAUGUAUGACCUGCUUACGAAAAACGGGGUUCUUCAUGGCGAUCCAAGGCUCCACAAUUUUCUACGUGUUGAUCAGAGGGUCGUUGCUAUUGACUUUGAGCUCUCCGAGCCUCUUGUCGGUGAUAUAACGAAUGAGGAAGAAUUGGAGACCUUGAAGGGUGAUAUUAAGAGACGGACUGGGGAGGGAGCUCCCAUCAGGCAGCCUCCCUGCCAAACGCUCCCUCAACGCCGCCCGCUCGCACUAACCACGCCCGCGCCACUUUGUGGAGGGAGACCGGCAGGGUGUGCAAAGGAUUGA